AUGGCAGAUACUACGGAAGUCGUCGAGGGUGUUGAUAAUUCCAAUUCCAAUUCAGAAGCCCAACCUCAGGAAAGCUUAGAUGUCCCGACCGAAGCUCAAUCAUCUACUAUUACUACCACGAAUGGUCCUGAAAAGCGCGGAGUGAAGAGACCUUCCCCAUAUGAUGGCAUCGAAGAAGAAGGCGAUCAUGAUAACGAAUCGCCGAAGGAAGCGACUAAUGAAACCGAUGCGCCGAAAUUAUCUAAGAACCAGCAACGAAAGUUAAAACGUCAAAAAAUGUGGGAGGAAAAGAAGCAAGAAAAGAAAAUUCUGCGUAAAGAAAAGCGACACGAAAAGCAGGAAAAGAAGCGAUUAGAGAGAGAGGCCGAGAUUGCUGCCGCUGCCGCCGAGGGAAGAGAGCCCGUAUUCCAGGAACCAUCCAGGAGACAACCCAAGUCCUCGACCAGAGUGCCGAUAUCAGUCAUAUUUGAUUGUCAAUUUGAAAAAUAUAUGAUGGGAAAGGAGUUGCCAUCUUUGUCAAAUCAGAUCACUAGAUGUUACUCUGACAAUAGGAAUGCACAAUACCCCGUUCACAUGUUUAUUAGCUCGUAUGGCGGCCAGAUGAAGGAAAGACACGAGACUAUCCUUCAGAACCAGUUCAAGGGCUGGAAGAACGUCCACUUCGUCGAAGGUGAUUUUAUCGAGGCUGCUUCUAAGGCCAAGGAGAUAAUGGCUGGCCCUUCCGGUGGCACCGUAAUCGACCUGCUCUCGCAAGGCAGUGGCCGCGAUUCGAUUUCCUUCUCUGGGGCUAAUCAGGACUCGAAAAAGAAGCAGAAAGCUGCUCCGGUUGCAGAACCCGAGGCCGAUGAUGUAGACAAGUCCAUUGUCUAUCUGACUGCUGAUUCGCCCUAUACCCUCGAUCGUCUGGAGCCCAACACUUGCUAUGUUAUCGGUGGUAUAAUUGAUAAGAAUCGAGAAAAGGGGUUAUGCUACAAGAUCGCACGAAGCAAAAACGUACGGACGGCGAAGCUGCCCAUUGGUCAAUACAUGGUCAUGCAGAGCCGUCAUAUUCUCGCUACAAACCACGUCAUGGAAAUCAUACUCCAGUGGUUGGAGACGGGCGACUGGGGCACCGCCUUCAUGAACGUCAUUCCCAUGCGAAAAGGAGGGAAGUUGAAGGAGGACGAAGAUGUCGCAGAUACAAGUCACAAUGAACCAGAAAGUGCACCGAAAGAAAGCGAAGAACCCCAGGGCCCCGCCCAAGUAAAAGGAGACAACGCCGAAGACGGCCUCGAAAAGAAUGCACUAAGUCAACGACAAUGGUCAGCACCACCGAUCGAACAGGAAGCACAGGCAGAGGCAGAAGCACCUAUCGGGACCACUCUUAGCUGA